AAAAAUACCCAAUCACUUGCAGCAUGCGGAGGAUUUGUGCCCCAUUAUUGGAGUCAUUGGGAGGAAUUGUGACCCAUCAUUGGAGUCAUUGGGAGGAAUUGUGCCCCAUUAUUGGAGUCAUUGGGAGGAAUUGUGACCCAUCAUUGGAGUCAUUGGGAGGAAUUGUGCCCCAUCAUUGGAGUCAUUGGGAGGAAUUGUGACCCAUCAAUGGUGUCAGUGGGAGGAAUUGUGCCCCAUCAUUGGAGUCAUUGGGAGGAAUUAUGUCCUAUUAUUGGAGUCAUUGGGAGGAAUUGUGACCCAUCAAUGGUGUCAGUGGCAGGAAUUGUACCCCAUUAUUGGCAUCAUUGGGAGGAAUUAUGUCCCAUUAUUGGAGUCAUUGGGAGAAAUUGUGCCCCAUUAUUGGAGUCAGUGGGAGGAAUUGUUCCCCAUUAUUGGAGUCAUUGGGAGGAAUUGUGACCCAUCAAUGGAGUCAUUGGGAGGAAUUGUGCCCCAUCAUUGGUAUCACUGGGAGGAAUUAUGCCCCAUCAUUGGUGUCACUGGGAGGAAUUGUGCCCCAUCAUUGGUAUCACUGGGAGGAAUAG